AUGACUCUGCAUAAGACUCCCUUAAUAUUACUUCCGUAUUGGGCCUGGGCAUUCAAGGAGUGGUGCCUUGCCUGCCGAGAGGGUCUUCCUCACGCAAUCAGGGCUGACGUGGAACUGUGGCUGGGGAUUAAUGAACGAAACUGGCUCUCAGGUCGCUUAAUCUAUCGCCCCUGGAGGUCCGAACUCGUUAUGCGGUUAAUCGCCUGGAGGCGAGAAGGCAUGGUUCCUCAGUUACUUGACAUAACCCGCUCCGAGUCUUUGAAAGCUACGGGAGACCUAGUACAGCCUAUUAUCGUGAUAACCGAGAUCUUGGGCUGUUGA